AUGAGAUGGCCGGAAACGGUUGGAAGAAAGAACGAUAUCGCCGGAAAACGAAAAGAGGGUUUUCUGUUUCCCUUCCGGCACAGACUCCCCAACCUUAUUGAUUUGAAGUGGAAACGAUUUUUUUAUUCUUUCUCAAGUAUCUGCCACUCUUCCUUUUCUUCUUCUUCUUCUUGGGAGAGAUUAGUGGUUAACAUUGUGGAAGAUUGUCUGGAACUGUUGAUACUCAACUUGUGUUGUUUACUGUUGUGGGCGAGUUUGAUCCAUGGAGUUGGGUUUGGUCUGAAAGUGGGGCAUUUAUGUUUAUUGCUAUGUUCCUGGCUUGUGUCUGUGUUCUACCUCACGUGGUUCAAUAGCAGUGGAAGAUUGAAGAGCAAGAUCUCAGGGAACGGGUUCAAGGUUCAGCAACACAAGUACCAAAGUAUUGGAUCCAUGAAACUGAAGAGUGGUUGGGUGAGAAGGGCUUUUUAUUCAUGGAUUCUAGUUUGUACGUUGGGAGGUUUGUACGGGUUCUGGCGCAUGAGCAUACAUGCUUGUGAGCAGAGGAAAGAAAGUCUAAUAAGCAUGUGUGAUGAAAGAGCAAGGAUGCUGCAGGAUCAGUUCAAUGUGAGCAUGAACCAUAUACAAGCCAUGUCCAUUUUGAUAAAAACCUUCCACCAUAACAUGAACCCCUCGGCCAUCGAUCAGAGCACUUUUGCUAGAUACACUGAAAGAACUUCGUUUGAGAGGCCCCUCACAAGUGGUGUUGCAUACGCUGUAAGAGUGCUCCAUUCUCAAAGGGAACAGUUUGAGAAGCAACAAGGAUGGACUAUCAAGAAGAUGGAUACUUUGCAACAAUCCCUUGUUCAAGAAGAAUAUGCUCCUGUCAUCUUUGCACAAGAUACAAUUGCACAUGUCAUUUCUCUUGAUGUGCUAUCUGGAAAGGCAAACCGUGAGAAUGUGCUCCGAGCAAGGGAGUCAGGCAAAGGAGUUUUAACUGCACCCUUUCGGCUUCUCAAAACGAAUCGCCUUGGGGUAAUCCUCACAUUUGCUGUCUACAAGAGAAAUCUUCCAUCCAAUGCAACCCUUGAUCAGAGGAUUCAAGCAACUGAUGGAUAUCUUGGUGGAGUCUUUGAUGUUGAGUCGUUAGUGGAGAAACUACUGCAACAACUUGCUAGUGAGAAAGCUGUAGUUGUUAAUGUGUAUGAUACUACCAAUAGUACACAUCCCAUUGUCAUGUACGGUUCAAAUAUAUCAGGGGACUCUUUCUCUCAUGUCAGCACUCUUAACUUUGGAGACCCUCUCAGGAAGCAUGAGAUGCACUGCAGGUUCAAACAAAAACUGCCAUGGCCAUGGUUGGCAUUUAACACUUCUGUAGGAGGCUUUAUUAUUUGUGUCCUUCUUGGGUAUAUUUUCUAUGCCACCUGCAAUCGAGUUGUCAAAGCGGAAGAGGAUCGGGAUAAGAUGACUGAGCUUAAAAAGCGAGCUGAGGCGGCUGAUAUUGCAAAAUCCCAGUUUCUUGCUACUGUGUCCCACGAGAUUAGAACACCAAUGAAUGGGGUUUUAGGGAUGUUGCAUAUGCUUAUGGACACGGAUCUAGACGUAACCCAACAAGAGUACGUGAGAACGGCGCAGGGAAGUGGAAAAGCUUUGGUGUCACUGAUAAACGAGGUAUUGGAUCAGGCAAAGAUUGAAGCUGGUAAGCUGGAGCUUGAAGCUUCGCUGUUUGACUUGCGUGCUGUUUUGGAUGAUAUAUUAUCAUUAUUUUCAGAAAAGUCUCAAGGAAAAGGAAUAGAGUUGGCAGCUUAUGUAUCAGAUGAGGUUCCUGAGCUGUUAAUAGGUGAUGCAGGAAGGUUUAGACAAAUAAUUACCAAUCUCAUGGGUAAUUCAAUUAAGUUCACAGAGAAAGGGCAUAUUUAUGUGACUGUCCAUCUUGUUGAGGAGGUGGUCCAUUCAAUACAGAUUGAUAAAGAAUUAGGCAUGGAAAAUGUGAAUACCCUGAGUCUGAGUGGUUUCCCUGUUGCUGAUAGUCGCCGAAGCUGGGAAGGCUUCAAAGCAUUCAGUCAAGUAGGGCCUCUUGGUUCUUUCUCAUCCUCUGUUACUGAUGUAAUCAAUUUGAUUGUAUCGGUUGAGGACACCGGCGAAGGAAUCCCUCUGGAAGCGCAGUCUCGAAUCUUCACUCCGUUCAUGCAGGUUGGGCCUUCCGUUUCCCGGAGACACGGUGGAACAGGUAUUGGCCUAAGCAUUAGCAAGUGUUUGGUUGGUCUCAUGAAUGGCGAAAUUGGAUUUGUCAGCAUACCUAAGAUUGGAUCCACCUUCACUUUUACUGCUCUCUUCACCAAUUCAACUGACUGCAAAAUUCAGCAACUCAACAACAACAACAGCCACUCUAAUCCUCCAUCUUCAGAAUUUCAGGGAAUGACCGCGUUAAUCAUUGACCCUAGAUCGGUNNNAGGUUUAUCCACCAUAACUGAAGGCAAUCAGAUUAUCAAUAUGGUACUUAUUGAGCAGGAAGUGUGGGAUAGAGAUUCAGCCAUGUCAUCUCGAUUUGUCGAUGGCGCCAGUAGAGUAGGCGUUCCUCCUAAGUUGUUCAUUCUUGUUAAUUCUAAUGGCUGGACAUCAGGUAUUGGUAAUCCCACUGUGAUCGUAAAACCUCUGAGAGCAAGUAUGCUUGCUGCCUCGCUGCAGCGAGCCAUGGGUGUUACUUGCCGAAAUGGGGAGCUUCCGAGUUUAUCUGUUGGCCACCUUCUUGGCGGGAAGAAAAUUCUAAUUGUAGAUGACAAUGUUGUGAACCGCACCGUAGCAGCUGGUGCUUUGAAAAAGUAUGGAGCAGAUGUGGUGUGUGUUAGCAGCGGAAAAGAGGCCAUCUCUAAACUAAAACCACCCCAUGAGUUCGAUGCGUGCUUCAUGGAUAUUCAAAUGCCAGAAAUGGACGGUUUUGAAGCUACAAAGAAAAUCAGGGAGAUGGAACGUUGCGCCAAGAGAGAAGGUUUUGUAGAUAACUUAUCAAAGUGGGAUGUCCCUAUUUUGGCCAUGACUGCAGACGUGAUCCAGGCUACCCAUGAGGAGUGUGUAAGGUGUGGCAUGGUUGGAUAUGUUUCUAAACCGUUUGAAGCCGAACAGCUUUAUCGAGAAGUCUCAAGGUUUUUCCACUCCUGAUGAAUAAUGUCCACAAUACAAAUUACUUUGGAGGCUAGGAGCCAAGUUUGUUUGUUAUGAUUGAUGAAAAAUUCAUCUUAGGGUAUUAGAACCCGUUGAUUCUUCCAUGUAGCAUCUCAUCUUCAUCCUCGGUAACUGUAAAUUGAAAAUAAUUGAGGGAAUUUGAAGAAUCAGAUAUACUAUAUUAACCAGAUUCACAUUAUGCUCCU